AAAAAAGAACUCGCUUCCCCACUCUUUGAGCAAGGCUCCUGGACGAGACCCCAAAACCCUCCUCUUGAAUCACUCAUCCUCUCUCAUUUUCUAGGGUUUCUCCGCUCUGGGAUCCGUGGAAUCUUUCUUCAAUCCCAACGAAAUCUUCUUGUUCUUUGCUCUGAAUCGGAGUUCCAGUGCCAUUCUCUUUUCCGAAGCCUAUAAAGGAUUCUUCUCUUAGGGUUUCGCAGUUGAAAUCGUCUCUGUUUGAACGCCAUUGUCUAUUUAAUACGUUUCUUUGAAAGAUUUUCCGCUUCCAGCCUGUUCUUGUUCAAAGGAUCGCAGAGGAUCUCGUUUUGUUUAAUGUGCUCUUUUGUUCGAAUCCUUUUCUCGAUCUUUUAGGGUUUAAAGCCAAAAUCUUGUGGGAGAUUUCAAAUGCUGAAGGUGGUCUUCGUGAAUCGUGGUUUUUAGGGAAAAAAGAGUGUUGGAGUGUUUCAAGAAAGAGUUGUUUUGGUCUCGUAGAGGAGAUUGGGGAGUGUCGGAUGGCGUCUGUGGGAAUGCUGUCGCCGGGAACUCCAAGGAGCCCAUCGGAGAUGACGACAUCAGAGAUCUUUGCUCCGAAAUCAUCUUGGACACCGCUUACCUUGGAAAACAGCGACAUCAAAUCUACUGAUCUUGGUGCUGUAGCUGAGGAAGGUUUGGAGGCUGCUGAGGGGAGUGAGGAGUCUCCCUACAGUGCGAAGAGUGCCUAUAGUAAUGAGAAGAAGCCUUCCGAAGUGGACGAUGGUGGAGAUAGUAUGGCGCCUUCCCGUUUGUCUGCUAGCUCACUGGAGUCCAGAUGGAGUGAUACAAGCUCUUAUGGUGCCAAGAAGAAGCUGCAAGCUUGGUGCCAACUGUCAAAUGGUGACUGGGCAUUGGGAAGGAUACUAUCAACUUCAGGGGAAGAGUCUGUUAUUUCUCUUCCAGAGGGAAAAGUUUUAAAAUUUGACACCGAGAGCCUGUUACCUGCAAAUCCUGAUAUCCUUGAUGGUGUUGAUGAUCUCAUGCAACUUAGCUAUUUAAAUGAACCAUCCGUGUUGUACAAUCUGCAAUAUAGAUACCUCCGUAAUAUGAUAUAUACUAAAGCAGGGCCAGUAUUGGUUGCUAUCAACCCAUUUAAGGAAGUCUAUUUGUAUGGAAAUGAUUACAUUGAAGCAUAUAGGAGGAAAACAGUGGACAAACCACAUGUCUAUGCAAUAGCAGAUACAGCUAUUCGUGAAAUGAUAAGAGAUGAAGUCAAUCAGUCGAUCAUCAUAAGUGGUGAAAGUGGAGCAGGGAAAACUGAAACAGCAAAAAUAGCAAUGCAAUAUUUGGCUGCACUUGGAGGGGGCAGUGGAAUAGAAUAUGAAAUCCUUCAGACUAAUCCAAUACUUGAAGCAUUUGGCAAUGCAAAAACAUUAAGAAAUGACAAUUCCAGUCGCUUUGGCAAGCUAAUUGAGAUUCAUUUUAGUGAAACUGGGAAAAUUGCCGGAGCCAAUAUUCAAACUUUUCUGCUCGAGAAGUCAAGAGUGGUACAAUGUGCACAGGGUGAAAGAUCAUAUCAUAUAUUUUAUCAGCUGUGUGGUGGUGCUUCUUUAUCUCUUAGAGAGAAGCUGAAUUUGAAAUCUGUGGAGGAAUACAAAUAUUUGAAGCAGAGCAGUUGCUUUACAAUUGCGGGUGUUGAUGAUGCUUCAAGGUUUCAUUCUGUGAUGGAAGCCAUGAAUGUUGUCCAUAUUAAGAAAGAUGAUCAAGAUGCUGUUUUUGCAAUACUUGCUGCAGUUUUAUGGUUGGGCGAUGUCUCUUUUACUGUAAUUGAUAAUGAAAAUCAUGUUGAAAUUGUGGAGGAUGAAGCUGCACUUACGGUUGCUAAGCUUAUUGGAUGUGAUAUUGGGGAUCUAAAGUUAGCCUUAUCGACUCGAACCAUGAGAGUUGGCAGUGAUAAUAUUGUUCAGCAGCUCACUCUAUCUCAGGCAACCGACACAAGAGAUGCAUUAGCAAAGUCACUGUAUGCUAGUCUGUUUGAGUGGCUGGUAGAACAAAUAAAUAAAUCUUUGGAAGCAGGAAAGCGCCGGACAGGCAGAUCCAUCAGCAUUCUGGAUAUCUAUGGCUUUGAAUCUUUUGAGAGGAAUAGCUUUGAACAAUUCUGCAUAAAUUAUGCUAAUGAAAGGCUGCAGCAACAUUUUAAUCGCCAUCUGUUUAAGCUGGAGCAAGAGGAAUACGUCCAAGAUGGCAUAGACUGGGCGAAAGUCGACUUUGAUGAUAACCAAAAUUGUUUAUGCCUUUUUGAAAAAAGACCAUUAGGGUUAUUGUCUCUUUUGGAUGAGGAGUCCACUUUUCCCAAUGGUACCGAUCUGACUUUUGCAAACAAGCUCAGACAGCAUCUUAAUUCAAAUCCAUGCUUCCGGGGGGAGAGAGACAAAAUCUUCAGUGUCAGUCAUUAUGCAGGGGAGGUGGUGUAUGACACAUCAGGGUUUCUGGAGAAGAACAGGGAUCUUUUACACAUCGACUUAAUUCAACUCCUAGCUUCUUGCAUGUGCUGCCUUCCGCAAAUAUUCGCAUCCAAAAUGCUUGCACAAUCUGUAAAGACAGUGGGUAAUCUUUAUAGAUUUAGUGGAGGAGAAUCUCACAAGCUUAGUGUUGCUACAAAGUUUAAGGGACAAUUAUUUCAACUGAUGCAAAGACUAGAGACCACAACACCUCACUUCAUACGUUGCAUUAAACCAAACAAUUUGCAAGUGCCUGCAACAUAUGAACAAGGCCUUGUGCUACAGCAGCUGAGAUGUUGUGGCGUCCUUGAAGUUGUACGCAUAUCAAGGUCAGGCUAUCCCACAAGGAUGUCUCACCAGAAAUUUGCCAAAAGGUAUGGCUUCCUUCUUCUUGAGAAUGUUGCGUCUCAAGACCCACUUAGUGUUUCAGUGGCAAUUCUUCAACAGUUCAACAUUCUUCCUGAUAUGUAUCAAGUCGGCUACACCAAAUUGUUUUUCCGAACUGGACAGAUUGGUGCACUUGAAGAUACCAGAAAUCGUACUCUUCAUGGCAUUUUGCGGGUACAGAGCUGUUUCAGAGGUCACCGAGUUCGUUGCUAUGUGAAGAGGCAUCGGCAAGCCGUCAUUACGUUGCAAUCAUUUAUUCAUGGGGACAAAGCCAGGCGAAUGUACUCAGUUUUGGUACAUAAGCAUAGAGCUGCUGUCAUUUUGCAGAGAAAUCUAAAAUCUCAAACCACUAGAAAAGAAUUUGUGAACGUUCGUAAUGCUUCAAUAGUCAUACAGUCUGUAAUUCGUGGAUGGCUUGUUCGAAGGUGUUCCGGAGAUGUUGUACCGAACACAUCAAAGACAGUUGUAGAUACAAAGGUACCAGAAACUGAUCAGGUGCCAGUCAAGUCAUCUGUCCUUGUGGAGCUCCAAAGGAGAAUUCUUAAAGCUGAGUCCGCUUUAAGAGAGAAGGAAGAGGAGAAUGACAUGCUUCAUCAGAGGCUUCAACAAUACGAUAGCAGAUGGUCGGAUUACGAACAGAAGAUGAGAUCCAUGGAAGAAGUCUGGCAGAAACAGAUGAGAUCAUUACAGUCUAGCCUCUCCAUAGCAAAGAAGAGCCUUGCCCUUGAUGGUGUAGAUGUGAACUCUGAUGGGUCCAUGGACCAAAGCAUCUGCACCAAUGGGAAUUACACUGGAACUGAAGGCCUAGAAAACAAAGGACCGUCAGUGGGAUCACGACUUACGGGCAGAGAAAUGAGUGCGAGCCUGAACAUUAUCAGCCGUCUUGCCGAGGAGUUUGAGCAACGGAGCCAGGUAUUUAUAGAUGAUGCCAAAUUCUUGGUGGAGGUGAAGUCAGGGCAGGCAGAGGCAAGCCUGAACCCAGAACGAGAACUAAGGAAGCUAAAGCAGACGUUUGAGACAUGGAGGAAGGAUUAUAACUUGCGGCUACGAGAAACCAAGGUUAUAAUACACAAGCUGGGAAAUGAUGAAAUUAAAGCUGACAAGGUGAAAAAGAAAUGGUGGGGGAAGUUGAACAAUGCAAGGGCUAUAUAAGUAAUUUCCUGCAAAUAGCAAUCCUUUGUUAUUUUGAAAUGGGAAGUUACUGCUGAGAAUCCAUUUAUCUGCCAUUGCAGUUGUAAAAAAUAAAAAGAGCACGGUGUUUUUUAGUUUUUGUUACACGUUAUCUUCACGUA